UGGUUAUAGACUAAUGUAAUGAACCUGCGGGUCUAAGCAUGAAAACGUGGAGGCAUUUGAGAGCCAGACAAAGCUGUUGAUUCCCUCCCUCCCUCUCUCUCUCUCUCUCUCGGAUACGUCAGUCCAUUCCUAAAAUGUUGGAACCAGGCCUAACAAUACCAAACUGAACCGCCUUCAGUAGUCUUCAACACCAACAUCAGGCACAUUUGGUGCGUGUUUGCGAUGAUGAGUAAUCGCAGAGGCAGAGUAGAGGAGUUUACAGCAGAGUACUACGGGGUGUGUGCGGCUGGUGGAAUGCUGAGCGCUGGAGCCACCCAUCUUGCCAUCACCCCUCUCGACGUCUUGAAGGUCAACAUGCAGGUGAAUCCAGUUAAAUAUAGCGGCAUACUAUCAGGAUUUAGUACUCUGUGCAGAGAAGAAGGCGCUUCUGCUCUUUGGAGGGGUUGGUCUGGCAAACUUUUUGGAUAUGGUGUACAAGGUGGAUGUAGAUUUGGUCUUUAUGAAUAUUUCAAAAAGAUAUAUGGCGAUCAAUUGGAAGAUCAGAGCAAGGGUGUGAUAUUCUUCCUCAGCAGUGCAUCUGCUCAAAUAUUUGCUGAUGUUGCUCUUUGCCCAUUUGAAGCUGUCAAAGUUCGAGUCCAAACCCAGUCAAGUUUUGCCAAGGGCUUGGUUGAUGGAUUUCCGAAACUUUAUGCUAAUGAAGGACUUUACGGAUUCUACAAGGGUCUUCUGCCACUUUGGGGUCGUAACUUGCCAUUUUCCAUGGUUAUGUUCACAACAUUUGAGCAUUCUGUGGAAAUGAUGUAUCGCAAGAUUAUACAAAGAAAGAGGGAAGAUUGCUCAAAAGCCCAGCAACUUGGUGUGACAUGUUUAGCUGGCUAUGCUGCUGGAGCUGUUGGUUCUGUAAUCUCUAAUCCUGCUGACAAUAUAGUUUCAUCUCUUUACAAUAAAAAGGCUGCAACUGUAAUGCAGGCUGUGAAAAACAUUGGGCUGGCCAAUUUGUUUACUAGAAGUCUUCCUGUCCGAAUUGCAAUUGUUGGUCCUGUUGUUACUCUGCAGUGGUUUUUCUAUGACAGCAUCAAAAUGCUGAAUGGACUGCCUACUAGUGGAGGGCUGAGAAGGCAUCUGAAAGAUGCUGAAUUACUGGGCUAUGAGGCAGCACCUUAGUCAAGCCAAUAUUUUGUGUGUGUAUAUGGGAUAUGCUAUGCGGUGACUAAUGAUCCUUUAAUCUCAUUUCACUCGAAGAUUCGUUUGGAGGCUGCCUAUGUGGUGGUGUUUGUAGUUAUUAUUUUAGUAUCCUUCACCAAAAAAUUUAGCUGGUAAUAAACUGACAUUUCCGGAGUUGAUGUUUUGUUCCUUGAUUUGACGUGAUAAAACUUGCAAGAGUUGUAUGGUUUGAGAGCAGUUAGUUUUGGCAACCUGGGGAGAUGAUGGCUGAAGAUAGCAUUGCAGGAAAGGCAAGUUAGUGGGACCUUAUUUUGGGUUGUAUGUUGUGUUGAUAAAUGAUACUAUUUUGUAAUGUAAUUGUAAAUAAAGUGCAAAAUUGAAAGGCUUGGGAA